AUGGGGGCUCCUAACGGCCUGCGUGCCUUCCGGCGACCAGGGAGUGCUGCCGGGACGAAGCAAGGCAAGCUGCCCAUGAGCGAUCCGCAGUCUCGAACCGCCAAGAAGUCACGCGCUAUCCUCAAGCAGCAGAAACGCCUGGAGAUUGACACCCGCGAAAGCAAGGAUGCCAUUUCCACACUGGCCACCGAGCAGGAAGGGAUUCUAGAGGCGGAGGGGCUUGAAAAGACUUACAAGUUCAAGCAGGCAGAUAUCCUGGAGCACCUUGAUGCUGCUGCCAAGAAGAAGGCAUUUCGCUUCUCUCUUUCGUUUGGACCCUACGCGGUAGACGUCAGCAGGGGAGGCCGCGAGAUGCUUUUUGGAGGACAGAAAGGCUCUCUAGGGUUGCUCGAUUGCGAGGAGAUGAAGACUCUUUGUGAAAUCAAUGUGAAGGAGACCGUCCGAGCCGUACACUUCUUGCAGAAUCAUACGCUAUGGGCUGCAGCGCAGAAGAAGUAUGUCUACAUUUACGACAACCAGGGCAUCGAAAUUCACUGUUUAAGAGACAUCAUGAUGACAUACGCUUUGGACUUUCUCCCGUAUCACUACUUAAUGGUCUCCGUCGGCGAAUUCGGGGAGCUUGUGUACUAUGAUAUAUCCACUGGGCAGAUUGCCGCGAAACAUAAAACGCGAAGGGGGCCUUGCAGCAUUAUGCAGCAGAAUCCCACCAACGCAGUGAUGCAUCUUGGCCACACAAAAGGCACUGUGACUCUGUGGACACCCAAUCUGGGCAAGCCGGCUGUGGAGAUGUUUUGCCAUAAGGGGAAGGUCACAGCGGUCGCAGCGCAAGACAACUAUAUGAUCACUGCCGGUGUUGACGGCAAGUGGAAGCUCUGGGAUUUGCGGAAAUACGAGGCAGCUCAGUCCUUUAGCUACUUUGGAGCUCCCCCGUCCUCUGUGGCGAUAAGCCAGACAGGUCUGGUCGCUUUGGGGUUCGGUUCUCACUUGCAAGUUUGGAAGGACGUGUUAAGCCAGAAGAAGGCCUCUCUGUACAUGACGCACGAAGCUCCAGGCGAACAAAUUACAAGCGUUCGCUUCCGCCCCUUCGAAGACGUCUGCAUCUUUGGGAGCACCGCGGGUGUCUGCUCUGUGCUCGUUCCAGGUGCUGGGCUGGCGAACUUUGACUCGAGAGAUGCAAAUCCGUUCGAAACCAAAAAGCAACGGCGGGAACGGGAGGUUCACUCGCUGCUGGAGAAGCUGCCGGCCGAUAUGAUUUCACUAGACUCGACGCCUAUUGGAACGUUCGACAAGAAGCGCAAGGCGGCCCCAGUGGAGACGCCCUUGCCAGAGAAAAGCGUGAAGAAGACCAGAAAGCCAAAGAAGAAGCAAAGAGGGCGGGGAACAGCAGAAAAGCGGAAUCAGAAGAGCGAAAGGGAGCGCCUCAUCAAGAAGAGGCACCAGACAGCAUUGAGGAUGGCAGCCGCCAAGGAGAGCAAGCCAACCUCGGAGGGGGAUGUGCCAGCUAUUACAGGAGCUCUCGCUCGGUGA